AUGCUACUGAUACUCGUGUUGUGCGUCGUGAUAUCGCCCGCCGUUUUAUCGUCGCCGUCAAACGUGCACACGGUACUUCCCGAAAGCCACCGUCAUCAUGAUCGCGAUCACGACGACACGAAACCCGUCGACCCGGACGAACACCGCGUCCGGAACUACGUGUCCGAUCACGAGCUGCCCAGGGACGUGCCCACGAGGGUUAAGAUCGUCGGCGACCUGGGCACGCCGCCGCCCAGCGUCAAGUUAGAUUUCGUGCCGCAACAGACUUACGUGCAGGUCAGGAGGUACGACGCGGUUAAACGGCUGCCGCAGGAAGCCGCGGUGGAAGAAUCCUCGACUUCGGAAGAGUUGGCGAACGCGCCUAGACUCCGGGAAGUCGUCACUCACAAAAAGACACAAGAGGUAAUUUCGUUCGACCCCGGUAAUAAUAUAGUGUUACCAAGACCUUGAAUAUUAAUAACAUAAACUCGUCGGGAUGUUUUCGAUAGCAGAUAGAUGAAUUUAAGUAAAUGCGUUUCGCGUGAUUAAAUUACCUACAAAAUUAUUUGGUUUUCAAAAUUUGUACACGUAUCGUCAUGAAUACGUUUUUUUUUUUUCAUAUUUUACAAUAAUUCCGGGUUUUCUCACAUAUUUAGACAAUUUUGACGACUUGACUCACUCGUUUGUACGAAUGGGAUGUUAGUGUUUGUCACCCCUUCACGUCAAAAUCAAUAAACGGAUUAAGCUGAAACAUUGCACAGAUGUAGUUCUAGAUCAAGAAUAACAUAUAUGAUACUUUCCCCAAAAUUAAACCCCCGAGAGUAUGCUAACGUAGGGUUUUUGGUAUUUUUGGUACGAAAAUCGAAAUAUAUUUGUUGAUUUAUGUGUUGUCUUGGUGAUACGGAUGUAAAAAAAAUUACCAAUUUAAAAGAAACGAAAUGAAAAAAUAAAUAAUAUUUUUGUUGACAUGGUAAAGCAUGUGACGUGAUGAAAUAUGUUUUAUGGUUUAGUAUGUGUUCCUGGCAUUUUUUCUGACAAAAUAUUUUUUAUUUAUUUUUUUUUUUAUAACAUUAUUUUGGUUACGCGAAUGCUCCAAGUUUUUCACGCAUUAUUACUUGAAAUGAUGGAAAAUUUCUACCAAGCGGUACUUUAUUUGAAACCUUUUUUUGCAUUUUUUAGCACCACCUUGAGGUCUUUUUACAUUCGGAGUGUAGGGAGGGAUCUAUUGGUUUUACUAUGUGUGCUUUAUUUAUUAUUUAUUUUUGUGUGUCUGUAUGAGAACAACUUUUCUACUAAACAUUUUAUUUUGAAGUAACAAGUGUAGCACCUGAAAGAUAAUUUUCUUUAAUUAGUGCAUAAAGAAGGUUAUUUUUUGAUAGCCAAAGCAGUUUUCAUAAUAAUUGAGAAAACCCGAAAAGACGAAAAAUAUGAAUUAUUCAAAUUACAACGGAAUGAUUUCACUAUUUUAAAAUUUUAAGAUUAAAUUUUUUUAUAAAAAUUAUUGUCUGAAUUUCAAGUAUAGCAUAUUUUCUAAAAGAAAAUUUUUUUUCAGUUUGUGAAUAGGAAGUUCUUUAUUUAAUCUUUCGAAUAUUUUUCCUAAUAAUUACGACAAACCGGGAAAAAACGUAGGAAUUCGGCUAAGUGUACAGCGUUUGGUUUUUUUUUGUUAUUUGGUUAAAAAUUAUUAUAGAAACUUGUAAUUUUAACAAAAUACUUAUAUUGGCCUUUUGUUGACGUGGUAAAUGUUCAAAACAUUGUAGCUAUUUAUAGCUAUUUGAUAUUUUCGUUUUUUAUAUGUAUGUAUUUUUAUUUAAUUAGGUAUCGGCUAUUAACAUUUUAUGACUUAAGAUAAAUGAUUGAAAGUUUGACACAAGGUACAUUAUAAGUUUUUUUCGUUUUAAUAUCAAAUUUUGAUGAAAAUCGUAAAAAUUACGGCAUUUAAAAUUAUGUUUUUUUCAAACUUUGUUCCGAAUCUUUUGUCUUCAAAAUUGAUUUAUAUUGUUGCGUACAGAUAUUUAUUAAAUAACUUUAUGUACCUUACCUUCCCAACUUCUCAUCAACAACAGUGACCACACUCGUUAUCAGUAUCAGCUCUUUUUUUUGGUUAUUUGAAUUUUGUUAAUUUCUAGGUUACUUUGGCAACAGUUAUCAAUAAGAGUAAAACACGAUCAAUACUAAUCUUUCAAACUCCGUCCAUACUCUAUUCAAAACUAAUUUUUCGUUAACAAUUAUUUUUCGAGAUAUUAUAUUAUUUACUAGAAUAUAAAUACUAUUAAUUAAAAGUUAUAACUGUACAUCUUCUAGUAGUUUACCGUUAUACCGUUUAUCCCUUUUAAUUCGAAUUUGAAGUUCAUACAAAAUAUAGAUACAUUAAAACGAAAUUACAAUUUUCUAAGAUAUUAGAUUAAAUUUACGAAAAAUAAUUAAAAAAUAACAAGCUCAUUACAGGAAAUUAUUAAACACGAACAAGAGCUAAAACUAUUUUUGUAAACUAACAAGUAAUAAUAAACGAGUAACUGUAAUUUUAUUAGUUCAUAAAUAUUGAUCAAAUUAUAAAAAUUUUUUUAUUCACUUGUUUAUUGAUUCUUAUAUUUACUAACCUAAUAAGUGGUUUCAUAUUAUUCAUGAAUUUGAUUUGACUAGACAAAUUUGUAAAUUAUUACAUUUUUUUCAACAAAUUUAGCUAUUUAUAUCAUAGGGAUUUAUAUCAUCGAUGUAGUUUGCACAAAAUAUCAAAAUUAAACCUAUUUCCAUUAUAUUCGAUAAAAUAGUGUAAGUAUUAUUUGAAAUAAAGUGUCCGCAUUUUAAAUUUAUAUUUUUGUGGGAAUUUAUAAAUAAUAGCGUAAAAAACAAGUUUAAAUAUUAUUGUUAAAAUUGAAUAUAAUACCUACCUAAAUAGAGUUAAAGGUAACAUUUCAUUUUUGUUUUCUCAUCAAGUUUCUCGAUUGUUCAUUAGAUUUAUACAAAUACGUAAUAUUUAUCUUGUAAUAUAGUACAAAAAUGUCAUUAUCAACUAUAAAAUAUUGUUUGAACGGUACAAAAAAAUCACAAACUUGCUUUAAAUACCUAUAUUAUAUAAAUAUGGCAUUAUGUUUUUCAAUUGGUUCAAUGAAAUUCGUAAAUUAUGUUUUAUUGAUAAAGUAUCAAAUUUAUAGUUAUUAUAGUCAAAAAUAUAUGUAUUUUUUACAAUAGAGAAUGUCAUAUUCUCAUAAACUCAUAUUCUCAUUAUUCCAUUACAGUAUCUACCACACGUGUCACAAUAAUAUAAUAUGUAGGUACCUAUACCUACUUCUUACUUGCCGCAGUCGCUUAUACGACAAGAAUUUCGAAAACCACAUAAUUAUGAAGUUUAAACCGCAUCACAUUCGAUUUCACGACCGUUUCAUAUUGUUUCCCGAUAAUGGCACCCAAGGUCUUCUGUAUUGUAUCAUAAAACGUAUAUACCUACUAUACAUUUAUUAUUAUAUUUCUUUCGAUUCUAUAUUAUAUGUAAUGUAUCGUCAAUGGAUCUCUCUCGUGUAUACUUAGUUUCUAAAAUCCUAAAUUAUAUAUUAUUAUUCAAAAUAUUAUGUCGUUGGGUCAUUUUUAAAAAAUUUUUUUUAAAACAAUAGCCAUAUUAUACACGUACCUAGUUUUGUUUUAUACAUUAUCAAUUUUGACGUUUAUUUGUUUAUGUUAUAGUAGCGCGCAAAGUAUAUAUUAUUAAAAAUGCACGCCUGUUUGGAAAAUCGUCAGACAAUGGCGUAUCCUAUUGACAUAAAUGAAAACCGAGUUAACGUCAGUUGCUUAUUAUUCACGUGAACAAUAGGGGGGAAAUCGAUAGAUUUCGCGAAUUCCACACGCACGGACCGCUAUUUAAAUAAAAUAGAAAGUAUUAUUAUUAUUAUCGUUAUUAAUAUUUUUAAUUUUUAGGUGUACGAAGAGCAGGGUUAUGAAGAUGCCGGAUACGACCACGGUGGUUCCAAAAGGUUAAAACUUGAAGAAGAAGUAAAAGAUAAUCAUAGCGUCGAGAUUUAUGGACCUAAAAACGGUUCUACACAAAACAGCGAGGAGACUAAGACACACGUAGCGACGGUUUCGCCAUCGGGUCGAGGGAAUUGGAGCCGACACAAAAUGACUACAGGUAAGAAAACUAGAUACGAGGACGAUGGUGAUAAACGAAAAGUAAUUACCGAUAAUACCAGUCCUAUUCGUGAAAAAUCUUCGGGCAACUAUACGAAGUUUGACGGAGGAAAAACAAUCGUUGUACAAAAUUUGACUGAAACAGGAAAAAAAGAUUCUAAAAACGAAGGCGCGGAAUCCAGACGUGUUGCCAGUAUUAGCAAAACUAAAGACAACAUAGAACCGACGACUUAUCGACCAGUCAUGAGAUAUUAUGAUGGUCCUCGUUUUUUGACCAAACAGAUUAAAAACGAAUCGAAAAGAAAUAGGACUAGAAAUAGACCGAGAAAACGUCAAGAAUCUGAUUUACAAAAACCUCAAUCAGACGUAAUAGGAAGUUAUGAUAAUUCCCCUUGGAUACCGAUACCACCACCAGCGGAUUAUAAAAGACCCAUAGAAAGAGAAAGGCCAAGGUCAGAGAGCAAAAAACAAGUGAAACCAAAAAUUAAUUCUGAAUUUCAUGAACCUAUCCAUACUGCAAAAUAUGGUUAUUCCGUACACCAUGAUACACCAUACCAAUAUGUAUUUCCGACUAAUAUAGUAACACCCGAACUAUCAAAUAAACCGUUGAGAAAAUCAAGGCCCAGACCCGUAAAAUCGGAUAUUAUCACUGACGGAAUACCGAAAGGAACGUCUUAUGCGAGUUAUGAAUUUAUUCCUCAGACUAAUUAUGACGGUAGUGCCAUAAAUCCAAAACGUACAAAAUUAAAGAAAUCGUCAGAAGAAAAUAUAUCAUUUGAUAAUGCAAAUUCACCUUCAAGUAUUAAACACAAAGAACCAAUUACACAAUUUAAAACAGAUUUCAUACAAAAUUCCAAACAGAUUGAAAGUGUCACUAACCCACGACAAAAAAAUAAACCAGCUCACGCCGGAAUUUCGGAAUAUUUCAACGGUAAUUUAAAAUCUGAACCUUACCGCGAACAGAAAAAAAAAGAUAAUAGACAUAAUAUUGAAAAAGAAUCAGACACAUACUCAGAUUCUCGAUAUACGGGAUCUUUUGCUCAAGAUAUUGGACCUUCUAAAACUUAUGAUGCUCCAUUUAUAACAAGACUUAAAAAAAAUAACUUCAACGGUGAUUCUAGAGGAGAACCGUCUUUACGGAUUUAUCCAAAGUACGAAUUAUAUCCAAAUUUCCAAAAUGUGAAACAUCCUGUUAAAGAAGAAAAUCACCAAGAGCAAAGACCCUUGAGUAAUUUUAAUAAAAAACAUGUCAACAUUGAAUCAAGUGCAAGUUCUUUACGUGGUACAAAACAUGAAAAUACACGACUCUCUGAGUAUCCAAAAUUUAAUAACAAUAAUAACAAACCGAUAACUGUUUUAAAGCAACCAUCUGAGUCUUCUAACAGUCGGGAAAAUUAUCCAAACUUUAGAAGUCAAUCCCCUCAAGUAUCAGAAGAGAAAUAUUCCAACAAUAACAAAGAAGAGGGCUAUCCAAAAUUUGAAACGAAUAAAAAACUUGAAAGCACUAGUUCUAAAUCGUCUCCUGUGUAUAGAUUAAUUCCGUAUGAAAAGCCAGUAAAAAUGAAUAAUCCUUAUUCAUACGUAUAUCAUGAUGAUCAUUAUCCUUCUGGAAGUCGCUAUAGUGGAGUUAAAGUAGAAGUAACUACACAGAGCACGAAAUUUAACGACAUAAGUGUGUAUUGGAAUAAUAGGCAUCCUCAUUUACCUAAAGAUUCAAUAAAGAAUAUUUCAGAUAUACAUAAAGCUCAAGAUAAGUCUGAAGAUGAAAACGCUCGUCACGUAGAAAAUUUAACUUUAGCACAUUAUUCGGGACAUCGUAAAUCAGGUUCUAAUCGUCCACUUCCAUUAGAAUACAAUGAACGAGUAAAUAAUUUAGCCAAACUUUUAAACGAUAAUUUUCCAAAAAGAACACGUAGAGACUUGGAAGUAAUUCACAUCGCUUCGAGUGGUACUACCACUGAAAUUCCUGUAGAUACAGUUGUAUAUCCUCAUUAUACAAAGGCGCCCAAAGAAUCAGCACUGAGAUAUGCUACAAAUCCACAUUUGACACCGCGUAAAACUGCUGGUGGUAUGGAAUUUUAUGAAUCUACAGAUAAAGUUCAAUGUACCGAUGACAUAGCUCCUUCAGGUAAUAUUGUACCAGAAAGAACUGAAGAUGGUGAGUGGAAAGGCGAACCUUCAGAAAAUAAACCCCGGGUAGAUGCUCUUGGUGAUAAAAUUGAUUGCUUUAAAACAAAGUAUUUUGGAAGCGAUCCGUUGGACAAUCCAUUUUUUAAAGAAAAAGACGUUGGAUUCCCAGAUGUAUUAUUUACCAUAAAAAAACCCCUUGAAAAGAAAAAAGAAACUAUUCAGCCAGGAAAACCACAUGUAGACUGGAAUUUCGCAGAAGAACUUAUUCCUGGUAAUUGGUUCCCCGAUAAGGAUAAACGAAAUCGAAGGUAAAUUACAAUACAAUAUUAUUGAAUAGUAUAUUUUAAUAUAGUUAGUCUAAAUUUAUAUUUUUACAGAUCACAUAAUAGUAGCUUGCCAAUCAAUCAUAAGGUUCAUGGUAUGGAUUCAAUAAUUCCAGAACCAGUUAUUAUAGAUUUUCCGAUAAAAUCUUCAACUAUAGAAAACAUUAAUGAUACAAAAUUAAUUACAGAAGACACUGAUUCCGCAGUUGAUGAACACGUUGUGCGAUAUUCAGUACAACAUCCUAAACAUACUACAUCAAAACCAGAAUUUAAUGUUCUCAAAGACCAUUCAGUAGAUAGCGCAAUUUUAGGCCUUAUUCCACCACCCAAAAAAAAUAUAACAAAUAAAAUUAAAAAACAAAACAUAUUUAAAAAACCUACAGUAAAAAAAAUAUUAAAAAAAGUGAAAGUGGAUGAGGAAUUAAGUGAGUCCAAUUUAUUUGAUAUGUUUAGUCCUAUUACAUCUUUGUUUACAAAUGAAGACGAUGUUCAGGCUGCACCGAUUGUACACAAUUUUUUUAAUAUUAAAAUGGUACCAUCAGCAAAAUUUACAACAACUACAACGAUUGAAAAUAAUGGCAAUGAAAAAAUAAAUAAAUUUCAGACACAGCAUUUUAGAAGAACUAAACGAAAUAUGAAAGGUAUAGAUUUGCAAAAACCGAAAGAAAGAAAAUUAAAUAUUUUUACCGAUACCAACGUUACAUUAUCCUCACCAACUGCUAGAGUCAGAAUGUAUUCACCAAAAAACGGAACUUGGUUUCGAGAAAAAAGAGAACAUGUUUCAGUCAAUGUGGAUGUCAGAAGAAAAGAACCACGGUAUUAUUAUCAUACGGAACGGCCCCGAAUCAGGGUAAAAAGAGUAGUUCACAAUCCUCCAUUUUAUAGCAGAAUUGGUGAGGUAUUCAGCAGCAAAUAUUUGGUUUCAGAUCAGGAAAAAUCAGAAACAUUGCCGGAGGAAAUAAAUGUAGCGUUCUCUACUACACCUAGGUACGAGUAUCAAACCACACCAAAAUUUAUACCAGCAAUCGCGUAUGGGGACAGCAAAACAAAAAUAAUAAAAUACAACGAUAGUGUUGCUAACAGUACAAAUGGCAUUGGUACUGAACAUGGCAAUGGUGCAAAUGGAAUGAGUGCGCAUGGAGUUGGUACAAAUAACUUUGGUACAAAUAAUUUCGGUACACAUGGAAUGGGUAUGAAUAAUUUUGGUACACAUGGAGUUGGUACAAGUAACUUUGGUACAAAUAAUUUCGGUACACAUGGAAUGGGUAUGAAUAAUUUUGGUACACAUGAAGUUGGUACAAAUAACUUUGGUAAAAAUAAUUUCGGGACACAUGGAAUGAGUAUGAAUAAUUUUGGUACACACGGAGUUGGUACAAAUAACUUUGGUAAAAAUAAUUUCGGGACACAUGGAUCGAGUAUAAAUAAUUUCGGUACACAUGGAGUUGGUACAAAUAACUUCGGUGUAAAUGGAAUGAGUACAAAUGGAAUUGGCACAAAUAUCUUCGGUACACAUGAAAUUAGUACAAAUAACAUUGGUACAAAUAAUAUUGGUACAAAUAACAUUGGUUCAAAUAACAUUGGUACACAAGGAAUUGAUAUAAAUAAUAUUGGAAACUCGCAAUUAGAUAAAAAAGAAUCAUUGAUUUACGUUAUCAAUCCAGAUACUGGACACGGUAAAUGGAUGCAAGUAAUAAAAGUGAAAAAUGAAGAAGAUACAAAAUCUACAUUUCCGAAUGGUCCUGUUUAUUUAGAAAAGAAAGGUCCAGUAAAGAAUAGUCAAUUUAAGAAUAGCCAUGUUAAAGAUAGCCAUGUAAAGGAUAGCCAUAAUAAAGAAACUUUUGGUAAAUUUGGUUUUAAAGGUUCAACUAGAGAUUUGUUCAGGAAUGCAUUAGGACCUACUAUAGAUCAUAGAUUUAAAGUUAAAAUUCCAAGUACUGGGCCAAAGAAAGUUGAAACUAAGGCACAGUCAAAGAAAGCAGACUGUCCAAAGAUAAUACCGCCAAAGAAAAAAGAGGUUUGAUUAAUCGCAUAAUUUAUUUACAAUUUCAAAUUAACAAUUUAAUAUAUUAUUUCAGGUUAGAAUAAGAACGAAAACGACUACAGAAAUUCCAGUCAUGGAGGAAAUUGAUGAAAGACCAGAAGAACCAAGCGGAGAAGAAGAGAAUACAGAGCCCACAGAAUCUCCAGAAUCCGUAGAAUCUCCAGAACCAGAACCCAUAGAAUAUUCAGAACCAGAACCCACAGAAUCUUCAGAACCAGAAAAUAUAGAAUCUUCCGAACCCACAGAAUCUCCAGAACCCGAACAUAUAGAAUUUCCUGAUCCCACAGAUUCUCCAGAGCCAGAACAUAUAGAAUCUUCUGAACACACAGAAUCUCCAGAACCCUUAGAGGAUGGAGAAGGUGAGAAUGAAGAAGAGCAGCCGGAUGUUAUUGAACAGCCUCAAUAUCAACAAGAAAGCGAAGAAAAUCCAAAUAAUUCAGAAAACGAUGAUCAAGAGGUUCACGAGUCCAAACGAAAAAAACCACUUGCUACUGUUAAAAAACCAGAAUUCAAUGCAUACCAAUAUGGUUUGAGAAAUAAAAAUAAAAAAAUAUUAUAGUUAAUUUAAAAGAUUUUUUCUCCAUAAUUUAUUUUGUGAAUAUAUUAUAUAAUAUUAUGUUCAUUUAUUUUAAAAUAAUUAUAUUAUAAUGUGUUAUAUUAAAUUGUAAUUAAAAUUUUAUUCACGUAUAUUAUGUAAAUAAAAAAAAAAAGACGAAAAUUAGAUAAUCAAUCAAAUGUUUUCAAAUGUUUUGGUAAUUUUAUCGAUUAGAUCGAAAUCUCUAGGUCACUAUGAAUAAUAUUAGGUAUAUUUGAAUUAAAUCAGUGGUGACUAAAUACGGCCCACGGGAUAGAUUUGGCCAUCAGAAUAUGUAUUAAUCGGUCCACCAAAAUAUUAAAUCAAAAUUUAAAAUAAAAAUAACUUCAAAUUUUAAAAAUUAACACUCAC